AUGGAGGAACACAAACAAGAGAGAAGCCUCAUGGAUGUAAGGAAUGUGGGACACCAUUCCCACGGUCGCCUCACGUCACAUCGAGCAGUUCACACAGGGGAGAGACCUUAUGAAUGUCAGGACCGUGGGAAAACAUUUUCUCGAUCACAGGACGUAACUGGACAUAGAAGAUUUCACACAGUACAGAGACCUUAUAAAUGUCAGGAAUGUGGGAAAACCUUUCUCCGAUCCAGUCACCUCUCUGAACAUAGAAGAAUUCACACGGGAGAGAGACCUUAUGAAUGUCAGGAAUGUGGGAAAACAUUUACCCAGUCACAUCAUCUCACUCAGCAUAGAAGAAUUCACACAGGAGAGAGACCUUAUGAAUGUCAGGACUGUGGGAAAACAUUUUCACAGUCAGGUCACCUCACUUUACAUAGAAGAGUUCACACAGGAGAGAGACCUUUUAAAUGCCAGGAGUGUGGGAAAACAUUUUCAAAUUCAGAGAAGCUCACCGUACACAGAAGAAUUCACACAGGAGAGAGACCUUACAAAUGUCAGGACUGUGGGAAAACAUUUUCACGAUCAGAUAGGCUCACUCAACAUAAAAGAGUUCACACAGGAGAAAGACCUUACGCAUGUCAGGACUGUGGGAAAGCGUUUUCAGAUUCAGGUCACCUCACUGUACAUAGAAGAGUCCACACAGGAGAGAGACCUUUCCAAUGUCAGGACUGUGGGAAAACAUUUACACAAUCAAGUCCCCUCACUGAACAUAGAAGGAUUCAUUCAGGAGAGAGACCUUAUGUGUUGCAAACCGAGGGUAAAGUAUUUUUAUAA